AAUGACAUGUAUGGUGUACAACAUUUCAGUAAUUAUUGUUUCUUUUCACCACGUGACCUUUCUUCUUUCUUGCACUUUACAGAACACAAGCACAAGCACACACAUAGUUGCAUGUUGCUGCAAGCAACUCCUUCUUCCUAUGUUAUGUUAAUUACAUAUUAUUGAUGAAAUGUCUGAUCUAUUAUUCUCCAGAACCUUCAACUGUCUCUGGUUUCCAUGCUUCAAUCUUCCUCCUAAAUCACCUUCCCAAAUCCUUGAUCCAUUUUCUCCUUCAAUCCCAUUUCCCAGACGCUUCAUCUUCACUUCCAUCCGCCAUACCCAUGUGCUUUCCAGUUCAACUUCAUCCUCAACCCCAUUUGCUCCUCAACAACCUGAACAAAAUGAUGAUGAUGUUGAUGUUAUCUCUUCAACUCCUUUUGCUUAAUUUGACAGAGCGUUCGGAUGGAAGUUUUGUGUUUACAUUUGGAAAUGCUAGUGAGAUUAAAGAAAUGAUAGCUGAAUUGAACAAAAAGAAACUUGUUCCUGAGAGUGUUGUUGAGGAAGGAAGUGUUAGUGUUUUGCUGAAUGAUGAUGGUGUUGAAAAGUUUAGUAAUGAAGAUGAUAAUAGUAACUUAGGAGGUGAAGAAAUUGAAUCUUCUUCAACUGUAGUAGUUGCUGAUCAAAAUUCUAAGCUUCUCGCGAGUGAAAACGAAAGUAGUGUUGUUCUUGAUAGUUACCCUGAGAGUGAGACUCCUGUGAUCAAUGAUUUGCAAAUAAUUGAUAAACAUUUGAAGUUGGAUUCGGUUGAGGAUGGCGAUGAUGGUCAGCAUGGAAUUUGUAGUGAAGAUGUUGCUGCUGAGCCUAAUGUUGUUUCGAGUGUGUCUAAAGAGAUUGUCGUUUCGACGGUUUCUCCGGAUUCAGAUAUGUUUUCUGAUCAUAGUAGUGGUACUACCGGGGAAGUUGAAGAGAAAGAAGUUGACAAUGGUCGCAGUGUGGAUAAAGCAGCAAAAAACGCGGCAGGUGGUGUUGAUGCUGCUGAUUUAACUGAAUUGGUGCAAGUAUCCACUUUUUUAGAGUCGGAUCAUUCUGUCAACAGAACAACAAACAACCUGAUUGGGAGUGUUGAUGCUGACAUAAGUGAAUUGGAAGCAGUAUCCACUUCUUUAGAGUCUGAGCAUGAUGAUUAUAGUGCAGUGGACAAGGCUGGAAGUGUUGAUGCUGAUAUAACUGAAUUGGUACCACUUUCCACUUCUUCAGAGUCUGAACAAGUUGAUUAUAGUGCAACAGACAAUCUGACUGGCAGUGUUGAUGCCGACAUAACUGAAUCAGUGCCAGUAUCCACUUCUUUAGAGUCUGAGCAAGAUGAUCUGACUGCCAGUAUUGAGGCUGCAAGAAGUGAAUUGGUGUCAGUACCCUUCUCUUUAGAGUCCAAACAAGUUAAUGAUAGUGAAAAAGAUGUUCCGGCUGGCAGUGUCGAUACUGACAAUAGUGAAUUAGUGCCGGUAUCCGCAUCUUUAGAGUCCGAACGAGUUGAUUAUAGUGCAGCAGACGAUCUGGCUGGUGGUGUUGAAGCUGUUGAUAGUGAAUUGGUGCCAAUGUUGACUUCUUUGGAGACCGAACAAGUAACAGACAACCUGACAGGCAGUGUUGAUGCCACAAUAAGUGAAUUGGUGCCAGUAUCCCCUUCCGUAGAGUCCGAACAAGUUGAUUGUAGUGCAGCAGAUGAUCUGGCUGGCGGUGUUGAGGCUGAUGAUAGUGAAUUGGUGCCAGUAUCCCCUUCCGUAGAGUCGGAACAAGUUGAUUAUAGUGCAGCAAACAAUCUGGCUGGCGGUGUUGAUGCUGAUGAUAGUGAAUUGGUGCUAGUAUCCCCUUCCGUAGAGUCCGAAAGAGUUGAUUAUAGUGCGGCAGACGAUCUGGCUGGCAGUGUUGAUGCUGAUGAUAGUGAAUUGGUGUCCGAACAAGUAAUAGACAACCUGACUGGAAGUGUUGAUGCUGAUGAUAGUGAAUUGGUGUCCGAACAAGUAAUAGACAACCUGACUGGAAGUGUUGAUGCCGCAAUAAGUGGAUUGGUGCCAAUAUCCCCUUCUGUAGAGUCCGAACAAGUUGAUUAUAGUGCAGCAGACGAUCUGGCUGGCGGUGUUGAUGCUGAUGAUAGCGAAUUGGUUCCAGUAUCCCUUUCCGUAGAGUCCGAACAAGUUGAUUAUAGUGCAGCAGAUGAUCUGGCUGGCGGUGUUGAUGCUGAUGAUAGUGAAUUGGUGCCAAUGGUGACUUCUUUAGAGUCCGAACAAGUUGAUUAUAGUGCAACAGACAACCUGACUGGCAGUGUCGAUACCACAAUAAGUGAAUUGGUGCCAGAAUCCCCUUCCUUAGAGUCCGAACAAGUUGAUUAUAGUGCAACAGACACUCUGACUGGAAGUGUUGAUUCCACAAUAAAUGAAUUGGUGCCAGUAUCUCCUUCCUUAGAGUCCGAACAAGUUGAUUAUAAUGCAACAGACAAUCUGGCUUGCAGUGUUGAUGAUGCUAACAAUAAUGAAUUGGUGUCAGUAUCUACUACUUUAGAUUCUGAACAAGUUGAUUAUAGUGCAUCUGAUAACCUGACUGGUAGUGUUGAUGACGGCAUAAUAAGUGAGUUUGUGCCAGUACCAACUUCAUUAGACUCGGAACAGUCUGUUAAUAGAGAAACAGACCACCUGACCGAUGGUGGUGAUGCCGAGUUAAGUGAAUCGGUGCCAAUAUCCACUUCUUUAGAGCUUGAACAAGUUGAUUAUAUUGCAACGGACAACCUGACUUCCGGUGUUGAUGCUGAGUUGAGUGAAUCUGUGCCAAUAUCCACUUCUUUAGAGCCUGAACAAGUUGAUUAUAGGGCAACAGAUAGCUUGACUGGUGGUGUUGAUGCUGACUUAAGGGAAUUGCCACCAUCGUCUCCUUCUUUGGGGUCUGAACUUCAUGCUAAUGAUGAUGAAACAAGUAACCUCGUCGUGGAUAACUCAGUUGAUGCAAGUGAAUUGGAAAACUCAGUAUUGUUGUUGGAUGAUUUGGUUCCAUCCUCAGACUUGGAAAAGAAAAUAGAUGUUGGCAAUACUGAAAGAAGUGAUUAUGAAAAUCCAUUACUUAAUACUGUUUCAGAGAUACAUCCAGUUGAGUUGGCUAGUGACGGGGAAAACAUUUCUAAAACCGAGCUUUUACUAGUUUCUGGUGCUGCUUGCUUGCCUCAUCCCUCUGAGGCACUGACAAGUCGAGAAGAUGCUUAUAUUAUUUCUCCCCAACAAAACUGGCUAGUUGUGGCUGAUGGAGUUGGUCAGUGGUCACUCGAAGGGAGUAAUACUGGAGUUUAUAUCAGGGAACUCAUGGGAAACUGUGAAAAUAUUGUGUCAAAUUAUGAAAACAUUUCAACAAUAAAACCUGCAGAAGUUAUUUUCAGAAGUGCUGCUGAAACACAAUCUCCAGGGUCAUCUUCUGUUUUGGUUGCUUACUUUGACGGACAGGCCCUCCAUGCAGCCAAUGUUGGGAACACUGGAUUUAUCAUUAUAAGACAUGGUUCCAUCUUCAAAAUAUCAAAUGCCAUGUUUCACGAAUUCAGUUUUCCGAUACAUAUAGUUAAAGGUGACGACCACUCAGAAAUCAUUGAGGAGUACAAGAUCGAUCUACACGACGGUGAUGGGAUUGUAUUUGGCACAAAUGGCCUUUUUGACAAUCUUUAUGAGCAAGAAAUAGCAUCAACUAUAUCAAGAUCACUACAAGCUAGCUUGAAACCUCAGGAUAUAGCAGAAAUCUUGGCGACAAGGGCACAAGAGGUUGGAAGUUCAAGAUCCACCAGAAGUCCUUUCGGUGAUGCAGCGCAGGCUUUGGGAUAUGUAGGUUAUGCAGGUGGCAAGCUUGAUGAUGUAACUGUUAUAGUGUCAUUAGUUCAAACUACAUAGCUAUUUCUCAUUUAUUUGUCUCAUUUUCUAUCUAUAUUUCACGUGCAAAUACAACCGAACCAGUUGCUUAAAUUUAUCAUGAUAUUGUGAAGAGAUGCAAUUUUUUCCGAUGAA